UCGCUUCACUGAAGAGCAGCAGAGGUUUCGUCCUCCAGCUAAAGGCUUCUGCCAUGGCGUCCACUGAAAUAGCGAGACAAGCGGGUGAAGGUGCUCGUGCUGUCCCUCUGUCAGGCCAUGUUGGCUUUGACAGCAUGCCGGACCAGCUGGUCAACAAGUCCGUCAACCACGGAUUCUGCUUCAACAUCCUGUGUGUUGGUGAGACAGGUCUGGGUAAGUCUACACUGAUGGACACGUUGUUCAACACCAAGUUUGAGGGCGAGCCUACUCAGCACAACCAGCCAGGAGUCACACUCAAGUCCAACACCUACGAGCUCCAGGAGAGUAACGUACGUCUCAAACUCACUAUUGUGAACACUGUGGGCUUCGGAGACCAGAUCAAUAAAGAAGACAGCUACAAGUCCAUUGUGGAGUUUAUCGAUGCCCAGUUUGAAGCCUAUCUACAGGAGGAACUCAAAAUCAAGCGCACGCUACACAGCUACCAUGACACCCGUAUCCACGCAUGCCUGUAUUUCAUCGCUCCCACUGGACACUCGCUCAAAUCCCUGGACUUGGUGACCAUGAAGAAACUUGACAGCAAGGUCAAUAUAAUUCCAAUCAUUGCCAAGUCAGACGCCAUCUCCAAGAGCGAGCUGGCCAAGUUCAAAAUCAAAAUCACCAGCGAGCUGGUCAGUAACGGCGUGCAGAUCUACCAGUUCCCUACUGAUGAUGAGUCUGUGGCAGAGAUCAACUCCACUAUGAACAGCCAUUUGCCGUUUGCAGUGGUGGGAAGCACAGAAGAAGUAAAGAUGGGGAAUAAGAUGGUGAAGGCCCGGCAGUAUCCCUGGGGAACAGUGCAGGUGGAAAACGAGAAUCACUGUGACUUUGUCAAACUGCGAGAGAUGCUGAUCAGAGUGAACAUGGAGGACCUGCGAGAGCAGACUCACACACGCCAUUACGAGCUCUACCGUCGCUGCAAACUGGAGGAGAUGGGCUUCAAGGAUACGGACCCUGACAGCAAGCCCUUCAGUCUGCAGGAAACGUACGAAGCAAAGAGGAACGAGUUCAUGGGUGAGCUGCAGAAGAAAGAAGAAGAAAUGAGGCAAAUGUUUGUCCAGAGAGUCAAAGAGAAGGAGGCUGAGCUGAAAGAAGCGGAAAAAGAGCUGCAUGAGAAGUUUGACCGUCUGAAGAAGCUCCACCAGGACGAGAAAAAGAAACUGGAGGAAAAGAAGAAGGGGCUGGACGACGAGCUUAAUACGUUCAAACAGAAAAAGACUGCGGCAGAGCUCUUGCAGAGUCAAGCUCAGCAGGCAGGGGGCUCCGCCACGAUCAAGAGGGACAAAGAGAGGAAAAAUAAUCCCUGGCUCUGCACUGAGUAGGUCCUCAACCCCCAACCUUUGCUAAGGGACCAGCCUUUGUGGGUACUGAGUACCUCAAGCGUCGCCAGAGGCUUUGUGGACCCCUCCCUUCAGGGUUUCUUAAUCAAUCAUUACCUGCUUGGGCUAUAAUAUCAAUCACUGUGUAUUUGUUUCACUGCUGCUCUCACCACACUUGUUUUUAAUGCUUGCUUCAACUGUCUGUACUUUUUUUUUUCCCCCUUUUGCUGUGACUAACAAACACACUUUUCUUCCUCUCACGUUUUGGUGAUUACUUGCACUAACUAAUAUUUGAUGGACCACAUUCAAGUGUAUACUGUUGUGGAACUGUAACGCAUCAUACAAUAGUCAAAAAAAAAAAAAAAAGUCAACAGGCACAAUCUCUUCACAAUCAUCAUGUUUUGUUUUGAUUUCCACAAUCACAGGGUGUCUCUUGCCUGGUGUUGGAUGUAUGAUAAUAAUUUAAUUUUCUCCCUUAUAUAUCAGAUGCACUUCUUUUGCAUAUCUUUUUUGACAAAAACGUCUCUGCGUUGCAAACUCACCUAACCGCUGGCUUUCUCUCUUUGUCUCUUCAGCUUCUUUUAAUCUGUCUUGGCCACCUGAAGAGGGGAUUGCAGCUUCAGCAACAAUUAAGCACCCUUUAUUACCUCUCUCUUGUUUUUUUUCCUUGCUGUAUCAACCUUUUAUUUGUAUACACCCAUCUCAUCUCCUUUUGUUGAAUACAUGGCCUUAUGUGGACUCGCAUGGUAUUUUCUGGCCUCCUUAACGAAGCUCUAAAAAAAAGGAAAGAAGGCAGGUUGGGAACCGGGCACAGCUUAACUCUGCAAUUAUGUCUUAAUGUAUAUAAAGCAGCUCUUUUAGUUCAUAGAAGUCAUUAAUGAGGUUUUACACACAUGCAGGACUUGAGGAUUUGUAAUAGAAUGACCUACACUAUGCACUCAUCUUGAAUUAAACGCUACUCAAACAUUGCAGCUUGCUGAUAAAGCACUUAAUGCACUAAGUGUCAUGCAUUAGGAAACACACUAUGAUUGGAUGUGUUACUUUCUUCUUAAAUCUAUUCCAGUUGGAUAUUUGCUUCCAGCAGAAUUUAAAUUUCCGUCAUCAUCGUGCAAAAGCAAUACUUUCACUCAGCUCUUCAUUUUAUGGUGCCCAUGUUUACAUGUCACUGUUAAAUACCAUGGAGAUCACAUGUCCUGGCCUUUGGAUUACACACUGUGCUUUAAUAUUCACAUGCCAAUUCUAUACUUUGCAUGCAUCUUUUUUAUUUAAGUGCUGCUGUGAUCUUUGACCUGCUUGUUUUUUUUUUCUUUUUUAAUCCCAUAAUAACUCAGUUAUUCAGUCUUAUUUCAAACUUCAUCGCUAUUUUCUUCAAAAUGGUGCAGAUUAUGAAUUAAUGUAUAUUUGUUCUGCUCAAUGAUUUCAGCUCCCAUUUUGCCAAAUAUUAGAAUAAGAUGAAGUUAAUCUCAAAUCCCAGAUAGGAGUAUUUAAAAAAAGAAUACUCGUGCAUUUAUAUAAUUUAUAAGGAUAUAUUUUGUGUAUUGAAGUGGAGACUUGUUUAUUACCUAUGAUCUUUGGAUGUGUUUCUUGAGUGUAAAGUAACAUUUUUGGUGUCAAAACAUUGCCAUACAUUUUUCUAGCAUCAGUCAUCACCUCUUAUAGUCCCAACAACAAAAAACUCUCCCAUACCACAAACUUCUCAAUAUCUUUCCUUUUAAGUUUGAUUCAUUGAUGUACAUUUUCAAUAAAAAAAUGUGAUCCAAA